UACUAUGCUCUCCUCCCAAAUGUGAUCCAGGCUGCACCAUCGACUAUUCCACUAAACCUUGUCCUAGUUGUUCUUGUGAAACAGGAGAUCUUCCCAGAAUAAUGUGUUCUCCUCCCAAAUGCGAUCCAGGCUGUACCAUCGACUAUUCCACUAAACCUUGUCCUAGUUGUUCUUGUGAAACAGGAGAUCUUCCCAGAAUAAUGUGUUCUCCUCCCAAAUGUGAUCCAGGUUGCACCAUCGAUUAUUCCUCUGAACCUUGUCCUGAUUGUUCCUGUGAGACAGGAGGUCCUCCCAAAAUAAUGUGUUCUCCUCCCAAAUGUGAUCCAGGCUGUACCAUCGACUAUUCCACUAAACCUUGUCCUAGUUGUUCUUGUGAAACAGGAGAUCUUCCAAGAAUAAUGUGUUCUCCUCCCAAAUGCGAUCCAGGCUGCACCAUCGACUACUCAACUACACCGUGUCCCAGUUGCUCUUGCCAGCCUGAAACUCUACCUAGAGUAGAUAUACUAUGCUCUCCUCCCAAAUGUGAUCCAGGGUGCACUAUCGACUAUUCCUCUGAACCUUGUCCUAGUUGUUCUUGUGAAACAGGAGGUCCUCCCAGAAUAAUGUGUUCUCCUCCAAAAUGUGAUCCAGGUUGCACGAUCGAUUAUUCUACUAAACCAUGCCCCAGCUGUUCCUGCCGUUCCUCAGAUGUGCCUCGAAUAAUGUGUUCGCCUCCCAAAUGCGAUCCUGAAUGCGUGAUCGACUACACCACUAAGCCAUGUCCUAGUUGCUCUUGUGAUUCUGGAGAUGUGCCAAAAAUAAUGUGUUCACCUCCCAAGUGUGAUCCAGGAUGUAGCAUUGACUAUUCUACGACGCCUUGUCCAAGCUGCAAAUGCGGUGAUUCCGUCCAGACAUUGCAGUGUUCAACCCCAAAAUGUGAUCCUGGCUGCGAAAUUGAUUUCGAAACGAAACCUUGCCCCAGUUGCUUUUGCAAAAAUGCUGGUAAAGGUGACAUCCAGUGCUCUCCAGUCAAAUGUGACCCUGGCUGCGAAGAAACUAUUGGCAAUUCUGGUUGUCCUACUUGCGAAUGUAACGGCAAGCCAGUAGCUUGCAGCACGCCCAAAUGCGACAGUGGGUGCGAAAUAGAUUAUACCACCAAGCCUUGCCCCACAUGUAAAUGCAUGAUACAACCACGAAGACCUUCCCGUGUGCUGGCCAGACAGAUGCCGAUGAUACCCAUGGGCAGCAUCUACUUGGGAAACGAUCCGUACUGUGCGCAGCUGAAGUGCGGCCCAGGAUGUCAGAUGAGUCAGGAUCCUCCACCCCCGAACGAGAGAUGUCCUUCCUGCAUGUGCGAAGGAAGACUGGGUUCGCGCGUCACUUGUGCUCCGACGCAGUGCCAGCUGCCGUGUCGCUUCGAGAGGUUCAGUCAGUACGCAUGCCCGAGCUGCAUUUGCUUCCCCAUUCCCUGUACCCAGUUGAACUGCUCCCCUGGAUACGUGGAGAAGACACUACCCGAACAGAGGUGUCCAGUCUGCGUCAAAGAAGGUUCUGUGCCAUCUCGUUAAAACGCAUCAGAAGCUGCCGAGUGAUAUUCAGGAACAAAACAUUGAGCUUUGGUGAGAGAGACAUUGACCGUUGAGACAUUUUUUAUGGGAUUUUCAUAGUCUCAUAUUGACUACGAAUGAAAUUUGGAGACAAAGAAUCUCGAAAUCUUUUGUGAAUGUGUGGUUUUAUUCAAUAAAGUAUUCUUACAAUAA